CCGGGUCAUCUGGCGCUGGAUCGUCUGGCUCGACAGCGGGCAUCGGGUCACCAGGCAUGACCGCGGGCACUGGGUCAUCAAGCAUUGGAUCGUCUGGCUUGACAGCGGGCAUCGGGUCACCAGGCAUGACAGCGGGCACUGGGUCAUCAGGCAUUGGAUUGCCUGGCUCGACAGAGGGCAUCGGGUCACCAGGUAUGACAGCGGGCAUCGGGUCACCAGGCAUCAGGUCAUUUGGCUCGCCAGCGGGCACCGCGUCAUCUGGCAAGGCAGUGGGCACCGAGUCACCAGGCACGACAGUGGGCUCCGAGUCACCAGGCAUGACUGCGGGCACUGGGUCAGACAUUGGAUCGUCUGGCUCGACAGCGGGCAUCGGGUCACCAGGCAUCAGGUCAUUUGGCUCGACAGCGGGCACCGCUUCAUCUGGCAAGGCAGUGGGCACAGAGUCACCAGGCACAACAGUGGGCUCUGAGUCAAUUGGCACGACAGCGGGCACGGGUCAUCAGGCAUUGGAUCGUCUGGCUCGACAGCGGGCAUCGGGUCACCAGGUACCGGAUCAUCUGGCUCCACAGCGGGCAUCGGGUCACCAGGCAUAACAGCGGGCACUGGGUCAUCAGGCAU